ACUGCGCACUGUGCAGCGUAUCUGCACUGACAGUCAGCAUUGUUGGUAGUGGAGCCAGUGGAAGCAGUCUGUAUUCUGUAACCGUACAAAACCGUCGCGGAACUCGCGGAUGGUCGACGGAGGAGAGGAUAUUAGUGAAUACGUGUCAAGGAAAUUCGAUCCGAAAUACUAUCAUCCGGUACGCAGGCAGUGAGUGUCAUCUUGUAUCGGUAUUAAUGAUACGAAAAGGAAGACUGUGAUCUCUGUAUGAGAAGCCAUCGGUAACGGAAUUCGGUGUGCCAGAGAUGAGCGGGCAUGCAACCCGUUCUGGAGAGGGUGGUCAAGCGGUUCUCGAACGUAUUCAGAUGUCCGUAUUGCCGAUCGCUGGAAAACACACCUCUUCGACAUUACCUACCACAUCGACUCCAUCAAUGGAGAGGCAAGAUGUGAAUAUUACAAGCAAACAAAAAAAAUGCAUCGGAAAGGAGAUUUCCAAUACUCAAAGAGUCUGGACGAGUCUGGUAUCCGGUGCGAUAGCAGGAGCUUUAGCAAAGACUACGAUAGCACCAUUGGAUCGUACGAAGAUUAAUUUCCAAAUUUCGAAACAACCCUAUUCGGCCAGGGCAGCGAUAGGAUUCCUAACUACAGCGAUGCGUACUGAAGGUCUUCUCAGUUUGUGGCGUGGAAACAGCGCUACCAUGGUCAGAAUAGUACCGUAUUCGGCGGUGCAGUUUACAGCGCACGAACAGUGGAAAAGAAUUCUGAAUAUAAACGGCAUGGAAAGAGAAAAGCCAUGGGCGAGUUUCCUGGCCGGUGCACUCGCGGGUGUAACGUCGCAGACUAUGACUUAUCCAUUAGAUUUGAUGCGAGCAAGAAUGGCGGUAACUCUAAAGGCCGAAUACAAGACUCUACGCCAGGCGUUCUGGCGAAUGUAUAAAGAAGAGGGAAUAUUGGCGUCCUAUCGUGGUUUCACCGCUACAAUCCUCGGUGCCAUCCCAUAUGCCGGUUGCAGUUUCUUCAUAUACGACUUGCUGAGAAACUUACUGUCUGCGACGCGAGACAAGCCCGACGGUGUAUUUCGAAGUGCUGCGUGCUUCAUGUUCGAUGAUGGCUACGUGUCGAUGAACAGUGUACACGGUGACUAUUCCGGGAUUCUCGACCUCGCUCAUUUGUGGCGGCAUCGCUGGAAUGGUCAGUCAGACAAGCAGCUAUCCACUGGAUAUUGUGCGGCGGAGAAUGCAGACGUCAGCGAUCAAGGGCCAGCAUUAUCACACGGUCACGUCGACUAUCCUGAAAAUUUAUACGGAAGAAGGAAUAAUGGCUUUUUAUAAAGGCUUAAGCAUGAAUUGGGUAAAGGGUCCUAUUGCUGUUGGAAUAAGCUUUGCCACGCACGAUACAAUACGAGAUACAUUGAGGAAAA